CCUUUUGGUAGCUGUGAUAUACAUGCCGUGACGAAAUUCAAAGUGUAAAUAUACUAUAGAUGGGUAUCAAUGACGUCACCUUUUUGUUGUGGCCACCAUCUUUAGGACCGUAGCGCCACCAACCGUCGAUUCCAGGCAUAGAUUCCAGGCUUAAUUUUACUGUCUAUGCUUCAAGGGGAAAUGGCAAACGUUAACGCCAAAGAAACGGGCUCUGCUAACGUUACUCAGACGAAAAUCGCUCAUCUCUCUGAUAAAGAAAAGCAACGCUAUUAAAGAAAAUUGAUAUUUUGGGUUUUGAUCCGUAUUUACUUCCGAAUCAACUACUGACCCCGCUGAAAUCUAUCGUUAACUUGCAAAACAUGUCUUUUGGCGACAUUUACAUCUACCUCGUCCACAAUCCUUCUCCAUACAGUCCCUUAAGGCAUACAAGAGCACUGAAGCGUACAUGUAUUUUAAAUCAGGAUGGGUGAAUGAUCCUCGAGUUUAUCAUCUGGAGAUGAAGAAACUUUUCUUAUUUACAGGAAAGGUAAGAUAUUUGUUUACUAAACUUUACUAGCUACGCUACUAACUUGCUACGUGGUGAUAGCUAGGUGGCAAAGCUAGCUAGGAUAAUAAUUAACAAUUGCCAAUGGAAUUUCGUUUUUUAAAGCUGACCUUACGUUUGUUAGCGAAAAUAUAAUGUAGAAAAUAGCUAUGAGUCGUAGAUAAUGUUAUAUAUGUUGAACUUAAAUAUCAUGGGUUAAUCUGGCUAUAUUGCUAAAUUUAUAAUUCUCAAUUUGUGUUUCAAACUUAAGGUUAAGCAUUCACAAAACCUUUCUGUGACCCCAACUCAUCCCUGGAUCACAGUCCAAGAGGAUGGGACAGUACUUAUGGCUCAUUGCACCUGUAAGGCAGGCCUAGGAGAGGUCUGCUCUCAUGCAGCAGCUCUUCUGUACUCUGUGUUGGCUGCUGCUGAUAUUAAAAACGGGCAGGCUUGCACCGAGAAGCCCUGUGCUUGGGCUCAGACAAGUAUGAACUCUGUCAGAGGGGUACCACAUGAAGAGAUCUGCAACAUCAGUUUCUCUCAUAAACAAGAGCCAUGUUCAAGCCGUGCAGAUCAAGGUCCUGGUUGUCCUGAUAUCAGACCAUCAGAUAAAGACUGCCAAGCAUUCUUUGAGGCACUUCAUAAUAGUGAUUUGCAGGAUUCCAAACCAAAGAAGAGUGCCAUACUCUCUGUCAUUGAGGGCCACUCCCACAGGUACAUCCCAAAGGUGAUGCAACUGGACUUGCCAGCUCCUCUUUCCACAUUGUACUCAAGCACCUGGCUGGAGAUGGACUUUCCCUUGCUGCUGGUUGAGAGUACCAAGGUCUUUGAUGAUCUACAUCUAACAAAGCAACAGUGUUUGAUAGUUGAGGAGGAGACCAGGGAGCAAAGUAAAUCUAGAGUAUGGUUUGAUCAGAGGGCAGGAAGAGUCACAGCGUCAGUUUUCAGUGAGGCAGCCAGAGCAGACACACCUGCAUCCUUGAUCAAAAGAAUUUGCUAUCCCCGUGCUUCUCGGUUCUCCACUGAGGCAACAAGAUGGGGUCAACAAAAUGAGGACAGAGAAAGGGAAAGCUAUGUUGCUAUGAUGCAAGACCACCAUGAAGACUUCCAGGUGAGGGCAUCAGGGUUCAUCAUCAACCCAGAACUCCCCUGGAUUGGAGCAUCACCUGACGGUGUGGUAGCCUGCACUUGCCAUGGAGAUGGCGUUUUAGAGAUAAAAUGCCCCUUCAAAACCAGGAACUGCUCCCUCACUGAAAGCUGCAAGGAUUCCUCAUUCUGUCUUGGCAUAGGAGACGAUGGGGUCAUGGCACUGAGACAUAUCCACAAGUACAUGUAUCAAGUGCAGGCACAAAUGCACAUUGCAGAGGUGAGUUACUGUGAUUACAUGGUGUGGACACCACAGGAAGUUUUCAGCCAGAAAAUUCCAUAUGAUCCUGUCUUCUUCCACGAUGCUUACGGCAAAGUGGUGAAUUUCAUCAAGACUGGAGUGCUAUCUGAACUUCUGGGGAAAUGGUAUACAGCACCACGCUUUACUCCCAUAUACAACACAGCCAGAAAACAGCCAUCUGAAGUAGGAUGCUACUGUGGUCAACCUGCAGGCACAGAUGUCAUCAUUUGCACAUCUGGAAACUGUAGGCGAAAGCACUUUCACAAGACCUGCCUUAAGCUGACCAGGGUGCCUAAGACAUGGAAAUGUGUGGAGUGCAGAAAACAAGUUUAGUAUUAUCAGUCUGUGACAGGGGAGCUGACUGACCUAAUGACAGUCUUGUAUAAAAUACUUGAAAGCAAUACUUGAGUAAAAGUACAAGUAUCUGGUUCCUGCACAACCUGUUUUUGCAUACCCUAAUUACAAUAUCUCUGUCAUGCCCCACUGUAUUUUUGCUCCGAUGCACAUCCGCACCUGCCCUUUGCACCACUCGCGUACUGUUCUGAACACUGAUAUUUUUGACUCUUAUGUAUAUUGUAUAAUUCUGUCUGUUACACUUGCACUAUCUGUAUAUUGACUUUUUACUACAUUCAACAUUCUUAUAGACAGUCAUUUCAGGUUUAGUGUGUUAUCUCUGAUCUACAUCAGUAACUACACUAACUGUAUAUUUGGCUCUUCACUACGUUUUAGCUUCUUACAGACCAUCUAUGUAUGCUUUUGCGUUAUAAUUGUAACAGUUCUAAUUCACUAACUAGUCCACAUUUUGCGAUAUCUGUAUUUUUCAAUUUUUCAAUUCAAUUCAAUUUUAUUUAUAGUAUCAAAUCA